AUGCCUCGCACACCACCACCGCCGCGAGACCCUCCCAAGGUCGGCCCACACCUCCUCCUGUCCCAGCCGAUUCCGCAUGUCCUUCAUCUCACCCUCAAUCGCCCUCAAGCCAUGAACAGCAUGACCGACUCUCUCGAAAAGGAUUUGCGCGCCACUCUCAAGUGGUUCGAGGCCAACACCAGCCUGUGGGUUCUCGUCCUCUCCGGCAGCGGCAAAGCCUUCUGCGCAGGUCAAGACCUCAAGGAGUGGCUUGAGAAGCCUAAGCUCUCUGCGCAGAGGAGCAGGGCGACGGGAAAUGUUCCUCUGCAGCAUGAGAAGGAUAAUGCGGCUAUGCUUCAUCGCAUGAAGGAUUUGGGCGGCUUUGGCGGAUUGAGCACGCGCAAAAGUAACAAGCCUAUGAUCGUGGCUGUGGAUGGGUUGGCUAUGGGCGGUGGAAUGGAAAUUGUCGUCAACAUGGACAUCGUCGUUGCCACGUCAAGGGCACGCUUCUCGCUGCCUGAAGUCUGUCGCUCUGUAGUUGCGGCUCAGGGCGGCAUCCCUCGUUUGAUGAGCAUCGCAGGCCCGCAGCUGGCGGCAGAGAUGUUGCUCACAGGACGCAUCAUCAGCGCACAAGAAGGGUAUGAGCGCUUUGGCUUCAUAAAUGCUCUUGUCGACGUUGACAAGGCUGCCACGCCAGAGGACGGGCAAGCUUGUGCGCUGGAAAAGGCGCUGGAGUACGCCCAGCUCAUCGUAGACAACUCGCCAGAGGCGGUGCAGGUCACUAAGCGAGCGAUGCGACUCGCGAGGGAUGGCGUGGAUGAGAGUGUGUACAAGAGUGCGGGGGGGAUUGCGAGUAGGGCUUUGUAUGCGGGCAAGAACAUCAGUGAGGGGUUGACGGCUUUCAAGGAGAAACGCAAGCCCCGGUGGUUCGACCCGCCGGCAAUCAAGUCAAAGCUGUGA